ACCAGCCCAGCCUCACAAUGAAUGCUGCAACUCUAUCACUGGUGUUCUUGAUCAUCUUUGGAGUGACUGCGAUGGUUUGUGACGGACGGAUAGGACGAGAAACAGAGCGCUGCUUAUGCCAAAAAACAAAGCUACAAAAAAGAGUAAAGCAUGCAUUAGUGGCGACAUUGGAAGUUUUCCCUCCAAGCGCUUCCUGUUCAUACACUGAUAUUAUAAUCACUUUGAAAAAAGGAAGAAGGUUCUGUCUGGAUCCGAAUGGAAAGCAAGGCAGGAGGAUCUUGAGCGGACAGAAGCAAAAGAGAAAGACCGGGACACAAAGACGAAAGAAGCAGAAGAUAAACAAGCAGCAAGACUGAAAUAAUCACUGCUAAUAGCUCACAGUCUGUUACUGUUGUACUCUUAUAGGAUUAGCAAGUAGAACUUUUCAAUGCUGAACAUACAGUAUAACUGUCAAACACCAACACUGUCAUUUCCUACCAAUGACAGUUCUUAAUUUCAAAAAGAGAAUAAAUGAGGUUGUGUAUUCCUGGAUUUUUAGCAACAUCCCAAUAAAAUGUCU